AUGAACGAGUACAAGCUGGAAGAAGACCCCGUGACCAAGGAGAAGGCGUUUAAGAGAUUUGCCCCAAGGAAAGGAGACAAAAUAUACAAAGAAUUUAAAAAAUUCUAUUUCUAUUCUGAUGCUUACAGACCUUUGAAAUUCGCGUGCGAGGCCAUACUAGAGGAGCACGAAGACGAGAUACUCUCCCUUAUCGCCCAGGAGGCACAUCACCUCGCUGACAAGCUGUGCAGUGGAAAGGCAGAUCUCUGCAAAACCGCUGCUAAGCAGACCGAACUCUAG